AUGCUGCUCUUAGUCCUUUUGUCACUCACAGUAUCAAGAUCUUUUUCUAACUUGGAUUCUGGACAUUCCAUAGAGACCUGCAAUGCCUGUUCUUGUAUAUCCAUUGAAAAUGUCCUCUAUGUGAACUGUGAAAAACUGACUGUUUACAGACCUACAGAACUGCAGCCACCUGCAACCUCUAGUCUGUACCAUCUGAAUUUCCAAAAUAACCUCCUGUUCAUUCUCUAUCCCAAUUCCUUCUUGAACUUCACGCAUGCAGUAUCUUUACAGCUGGGAAACAACAAGCUACAAAACAUCGAAGGAGGCGCCUUUUUUGGGUUGAGUUCACUGAAACAGUUGCACUUAAACAACAAUGAAUUAACAGAGCUCCGUGCUGACCAUUUCCGUGGGAUUGAGAACUUGGAAUACCUCCAGGGCGACUACAAUUUAAUCAGAUACAUUGAAAAGGGGGCCUUCAACAAACUGCACAAACUCAAAGUUGUCAUUCUCAAUGAUAAUCUCAUUCAGAUUUUACCCGAGAACAUUUUUCGCUUUGCCUCCCUCACACAUUUGGAUAUCCGGGGAAACAGGAUACAAAAGCUCCCCUACCUCGGACUCCUCGAGCACAUUGGCCGGAUAGUGGAGCUCCAGCUGGAUGACAACCCGUGGAACUGCACUUGUGACUUAUUGCCUUUGAAGGCCUGGCUGGAGAACAUGCCCUAUAACAUUUUCAUUGGUGAAGCUGUGUGCGAAACCCCAAGUGACUUGUACGGACGCCUUCUGAAAGAGACAAAUAAGCAAGAACUCUGUCCUCAGGGUUCAGGUAGUGAUUUUGAUGUCAAAAUACCGCCCUACCACCCAGGGGAUGGGCAGGCAACAUCUGACAUAGUACCAACUACAAUAGUGUCAACCGCCACCAAAGUCCCCAAAACAACCAGCCCCUCAAAAAUGUACGGUAAUGGGAUUGUUGCAGGAAUUCCAGGGGGUAAGAACGGUCCAAUUAUUUCCUAUCAGACUAGAGUCCCGCCGCUGUCGUGUCCACAACCCUGCACCUGUAAAACUCACUUAUCUGACUUUGGGAUCAGUGUUAGCUGCCAAGAAAGAAAUAUUGUCAAUUUAGCGGAUAUUGUACCCAGGCCACCCAACUCUAAGAAGCUGCAUCUGAGCGGUAACAAUAUUAAGGAUCUGAGCCCGUUUGAUUUCCAGGGAUUUGAAGGGUUAGACCUUCUGCACCUGGGCAGUAAUCAAAUAGUGACGGUUCAAAAGGGAGUCUUUGCAAAUUUGACUAAUCUAAGACGGCUAUAUCUAAAUGGAAAUUUACUUGAACAGCUCCAUCCUGAAAUGUUUCACGGCCUAUCUAACCUCCAAUAUUUGUUUUUGGAGUUCAAUGCCAUAAAAGAGAUACUGGCCGGAUCGUUUGAUUCCAUGCCAAGUCUUCAACUCCUGUAUCUUAACAACAACGUCCUCAGGAGUAUGCCUGCCUACAUAUUCACUAACGUCCCCCUCGCUCGAUUGAACCUGAAAUACAACCAGUUCAUGAAUUUGCCGGUGAGUGGAGUCUUGGACCAGCUCAGGUCUCUGACUCAGAUAGAUUUGGAGGGGAACCCGUGGGAAUGCUCUUGUGACCUGGUGGCGCUGAAGCUGUGGCUCGAGAAGCACGAUGGGCAGGUCGCCGUGAAAGAGGUCAAGUGUGCGUCUCCGUUGCAGUUCUUUGGCAUAGAGCUUCGCAAUCUUAAAAAUGAAAUCCUGUGCCCUAAGCUGCUAGCACAGCCCCCUCACAUUCUAACCAGCUCCAUGCCCAUCCUUACAUCAGUCGUAUCGGCGGGGGUGGGCAAGGUUCCCCCCGGGGGGCCGGUACCCUUGUCAAUCAUGAUACUCAGCAUACUGGUGGUUUUGAUCCUCACUGUGUUCGUAGCCUUUUGUCUCCUAAUCUUUGUUCUGAGACGAAACAAAAAGCCAGCCGUUAGACAGGAGGGUUUCGGGAACCCAGAAUGUAGCUCUAUGCCGAUUAAGCUGCGACGACAUACCAAUAAAUACAACAACGACGAUCUAGGCGGGGAAACGUUCAUCCCUCAGACCAUUGAGCAUAUGAGCAAAAGUCACACCUGUGGGAUCCGAGACUCUGAGUUGGGUUUUAAGUACACUGACUCACAAAGACAGAAAAUAAUUCUCUGCAACAGCAGUGACAAAGACAAAGAGUCUCUUCCUCUGGACCCCAGGAAAAGGCUGAGCACUAUUGAUGAGCUGGAUGAAUUCCUUCCAGGAAGGGACCCCAUGUCCCUCCAAAACUACUGGAGGAAACAAAGAGAUUUCAAUACCAUAGGGGUCAGUGGAUUUGAGAUUCGCUACCCAGAGAAAACGCACGACAGGAAAGCAGGGAAGAAGUCGUUGAUAGGAGGUAAUCACAGCAAGAUCGUGGUGGAACAGCGCAAAAGUGAAUAUUACGAACUAAAGGCAAAAUUACAGGGUACACCUGACUACCUGCAAGUGUUAGAAGAACAGACGACCAUGAGUAAAAUUUAG